UGCCAGUCACAACAGGACUGGGAGCCUCGCUUUAACGCACCUACUACAACAUGGCUGCGUGCACGCCUCUCUACAAUUCUCUCAUCUGCCUGGUGCUCUCGCUGACAGCGACUGUGGGCAAUGAGGGCUAUUUUCCGGAGGAAAAACUGGCGUUGGAGUCGGCUCUACAACGACCCAAGGUUCUGCUAGCUAUUAUCGCCCGGAACGCGGCACACACUUUGCCCCAUUAUCUGGGCUGCAUCGACCGGCUGGACUACCCGAAAGACCGUAUCGCUCUCUGGGCCGCCACAGAUCACAACAUUGACAACACAACAGCCGUGCUGCGGGAGUGGUUAAAAAAUGUCCAACAAUUUUACCACUACGUGGAGUGGAGACCUCUUGAUCAACCCAUGUACUACGCUGAUGAAAUAAGCCCCAAACACUGGACCAGUUCCAGGUUCUCACAUGUAAUGAAGCUGAGGCAAAUGGCUUUGAAAACUGCAAGGGAGAAGUGGGCUGACUACAUCCUGUUUGUGGAUACAGACAACUUUCUGACAAAUGAGCAGACACUAAAUAUGAUGAUUGCUGAAAAUUUGACAGUGGUUGCCCCCAUGCUGGACUCGAGCACAUUAUACUCCAAUUUCUGGUGUGGUAUAACACCGCAAGGUUACUACAAGCGAACUCCUGAUUAUGUUCCAAUCCGCGAGUGGAAGCGUUUGGGUUGUUAUCCUGUCCCCAUGGUGCACUCCACGUUCCUCAUUGAUCUCCGUAGGGAGGCGACAAAAAGCCUGGCGUUCUUUCCUCCUCAUCCAGAUUACACUUGGGCAUUUGAUGACAUCAUUGUUUUCUCAUUUUCCUGCAAAAUGGCUGACGUCCAGAUGCACAUAUGCAACAGAGAACAAUAUGGCUACUUGCCAGUGCCCCUGAAGGCCCAGCAAUCCUUGGAAGAGGAUGUCGAAACCUUUGUCCACAUUCUGCUUGAGAGAAUGAUUGAUCAUCCCCCUAUGGAGCCUUCUGUGUAUGUGUCCAUGCCUCCUAGGCACCCAGACAAGAUGGUAUUUGAUGAGAUCUUCCUGAUAAAUCUCAAGCGCAGAAAGGACAGGAGGGACCGAAUGCUCCGGACACUCUAUGAACAGGACAUUGACAUCAAGUUAGUUGAUGCAGUGGACGGGAAAGCUCUCAAUACAAGUCACCUGAAAGCACUUAACAUUGAAAUGCUACCAGGCUACCAUGACCCAUAUUCAGGCCGAAUACUUACACGGGGAGAAAUUGGCUGCUUCCUGAGCCAUUAUUACAUUUGGAAAGAGGUCAUUGACCGAGGGCUGAAGAAAGCUCUAGUCCUAGAAGACGAUAAUAGAUUUAAGCCACACUUUAGAAGAAAGAUAACAAAGCUGAUGGAAGAUAUCGAGGAUAACCAGCUGGACUGGGAUCUCAUCUACAUUGGCCGGAAGAGAAUGCAAGUGCAGCAACCUGAGAAGUCGGUGCCCGGCAUUAUGAACCUUGUGGAAGCAGAUUAUUCCUACUGGACACUGGCUUAUGUUAUAUCCCAGCAAGGAGCCAAAAAGCUGCUAGCAGCAGAGCCACUUGGGAAGAUGUUGCCUGUGGAUGAAUUUCUGCCCAUCAUGUACGAUAAACAUCCCAUAGAAGAUUAUAAGAAGUUCUAUGAACCUCGUGAUUUGAAAGCCUUUUCAGUGGAGCCACUGCUGAUUUUCCCGACGCACUACACUGGAGAACCAGGUUACGUCAGUGAUACCGAAACCUCAGUAAUCUGGGACAAUGACGAGAUCGCAACUGACUGGAACCGCAAACUCUCCAAAAAAACAAAAGAGCAGGGCGAGAUUGGUACUGAAGCUCAGAACACUGAGGCACUGCAGCCCCAAUCCCCCCUUGGCACAGCCUCUCGAGAUGAACUUUGAUGCUCCCUUGCACUGGCUGGUUCUGAUCAGUGAUCAGACCCAACAUCUCUCUGUCACACUGUUAUCAUUUGGUUAAAGUGCCUUCUGGAAGGCAGCUAAGAAAAA